AUGCAACUAAACGGAUUCCUCUCACUCCUCGUCCUCUUGAUCAUCUUCAUGAUGACUUCAAGCAUCCAAGCUGACUAGACCUUUGUUGAUAAGAUCACUGAGCAAGCUCAAGCCCUAAAGAAGACCAGCAAUAGAAUCGUGAAGAAAUGGUGA